UCAGACCACACUCUCUCCACUCACUGAGCCUGGUGGGAGAUUAGUGACCAUGUUUUCUCUCGGGGACAGAACUGUGGCUGCUGGAGAAAGGAAAGUAUGGUUUCUGUCCUUGCUGCUUAUUGGCUUCUGGAGCUAUGCAACCUGCAACGUGAACCCCACGGUGGACAUCUGCACAGCCAAGCCCCGGGACGUUCCUAUGAACCCCAUGUGCAUUUACCGCUCUCCAGAGAAGAAGGCAGCUGAGGAGAGCCCAGAGCAGAAGAUCCCCGAGGCCACCAACAGGCGGGUCUGGGAAUUGACCAGGGCAAACUCUAACUUUGCCACUAUAUUCUAUCAGCACCUGGCCAACUCCAAGAAAGACAAUGACAACAUUUUUCUGUCACCCCUGAGUAUCUCCACAGCAUUUGCUAUGACUAAGCUGGGUGCCUGUAACAACACUCUCAAGCAGCUGAUGGAGGUGUUUAAGUUUGAUACCAUCUCCGAGAAAACAUCUGAUCAGAUCCACUUCUUCUUUGCCAAACUGAAUUGCCGACUCUAUCGAAAAGCCAACAAAUCCUCUGAGUUGGUAUCUGCCAAUCGCCUUUUUGGAGAGAAAUCUCUCAUCUUUAAUGAAACCUACCAGGACAUCAGUGAGUUGGUAUAUGGAGCCAAGCUCCAGCCCCUGGACUUCCAGGGAAAUGCAGAGCAGUCCAGGGUGACCAUCAACAACUGGGUGGCCAAUAAGACUGAAGGGCGCAUCACUGACGUCAUCCCUCCAGAAGCCAUCAAUGAGCUCACUGUCCUGGUGCUGGUUAACACCAUUUACUUCAAGGGCCUGUGGAAGUCUAAGUUCAGCUCUGAGAACACCCGGAAGGAAGUGUUUCACAAGGCUGAUGGGGAGACAUGUACGGUGUCCAUGAUGUACCAGGAAGGCAAGUUCCGCUAUCGGCGUGUGGCUGAAGGUACCCAGGUGCUCGAGUUGCCUUUCAAGGGUGAUGACAUCACCAUGGUGCUCAUCUUGCCCAAGCCUGAGAAGAGCCUGAGCAAAGUAGAGCAGGAACUCACCUUGGAGGUGCAGCAGGAGUGGCUGGAUGGACUUGAGGAUACGAUGCUGGUGGUCCACAUGCCCCGCUUCCGUAUAGAGGACAACUUCAGUGUGAAAGAAAAGUUGCAGGACAUGGGCCUUGUGGACCUCUUCACCUCUGAAAAGGCCAAGCUCCCAGGUGUCGUUGCGGGAGGCCGGGAUGACCUCUAUGUCUCAGAUGCAUUCCAUAAGGCAUUUAUUGAGGUAAACGAGGAAGGCAGUGAAGCAGCAGCAAGCACGGCCAUCGGGAUUGCUGGUCGUUCGCUGAACCCCAGCAGGGUGACUUUCAAAGCCAAUAGGCCCUUCUUGGUUUUAAUAAGGGAAGUUGCUUUGAACACUAUUAUCUUCAUGGGCAGAGUGGCCAACCCUUGUGUUAACUAGUGUUCUCAUUCUUUGCAUUUCUUCCUAUUUGGUCUGUGAACAGAAGUAAACAGAAAUAAAACUACUACCAACUCAAUUA